AUGUCAGGCUCCCCCGAAGGAAUCUACGAGCCGGGGAUCGUGGAUCCUGGAACACCCGGGCCCAAUUAUACCUCUCCUUAUUGGCAUAUCGAACCGCAUAGGCAUGCGAACCACCAGUCAGCUUGGCCAAAAGGAAUCGUUGAUGUCGUCAUAAUCGGAUCCGGAAUUUCUGGUAUGACCUUGGCGCGCACGCUCACUACGAAGCCCGGCCUGGAGGUCGUUCUUGUCGACUCCAGGCAACUAUGUGCUGGUGCCACUGGGCGAAAUGGUGGCCACAUAAAAACUAUGACCUUUGCCAUGUGGGCGGAGCGCAAGAAGAUAUUUGGCCUCAAAGAGGCCAUCCGGAUUUCUCUCUUCGAAGACAGUCAUCUAGAGGCUAUGCAUGCUGCGAUGAAGGAAGAUAACAUCGAUGCUGAUCUUGUCCUUACGGAGGGUAUUGAGGCAUACUACGACCAGACAACAUUUGACUACGCUAUAAAAUCCUUGGAAGAAAUGCGUUUCCAUAUCCCGAAAUUAGCUGCAAAGCACAGGGUCUACACCGAUCUGGACUAUUUGCAGAAGGAGUUCAAGGUAUCCCCACGUUGUAUAGGUGCUAUUGGUGUUCCCUCUGCCUCUGUAUGGCCAUAUAAGUGGAUUACAGGGGUCUUGGGAAAUCUUAUUGAUACUCAGAAACUCAAUGUUCAGACAAACACUACAGUGUCUUCAAUCCAGGAUGAUGACUCGGAUGCUUCUGAGUUUGCCACUAUCCAUACCAAUCGUGGAAGUAUCAGAGCCAGGGACAUAAUACACGCUCAGAACGCUUGGAUUGGCCAUCUAAUACCAGAGCUUCGACCAUUUAUAUCUCCUGUUCGUGUGAAUGUGGUACAUUUUGAUUCUGUCCAGGUCCCUGAUAAUCCACAUAUUCCUGUGGUAAACAGAUCUCCAUUCAGCCUGGAUAGUAAAUACUCUCUCUGGCUCCGAUAUGGUGAAAAGGACUAUGAUUAUAUAAUUCAACGCACCGAUGGAGGUCUCAUUGUUGGUCGCGCUUGUACCGGACGAAAGACAACAUCCGAUGAUAGUGUGACGGAUAUAUCGCCCAUGCAGCAUUUACGCGGGUUUGCUGAGGAGGCUCUUAUGUUUACCCCUGAGAAAGGAUCAUCUACUCAUAUAGAUCGUCAGUGGUCUGGAAUAGUGGCGUUCACUCAAGAUGGUGUGCCAUUUGCUGGCCGCCUGCCUUCAAGUUUUACAGGACGCAAACACCAAUGGGUGUGUGGUGCCUACCAUGCAACGGGUAUGAUCAAGGCCUUUAGAACAUCGCAAAAUUUGGCGGCAAUGGUUUUGGGCAAGGGUGUAAGUGAGGACUUUCCCGAAUCAAUGCUGGUCACAGAAGAGAGAAUUCGCAACCUCCAGAGGUCCUUGGAUGUGGGAGGCUACCCGGUUCAUGUUCAGAAGCCCAGACUUUGA